AUGAAGUUCUCGCUCGCUCUUCUCGCUCUCGUUCCCGCCGUGGCGCUUGCUGCCCCUCUUGAGCCCCGCCAGGGCGGUGUCUCGGUCAACUGCGGCGGUGUCUCGUACACCUCGACGCAGGUCAACCGCGCCAUCAACAACGGUCUCAGCGGCAAGUACAGCAGCUCUGGCUACCCCCACACCUACAACAACUACGAAGGUUUCGACUUCUCUGACUACUGCAACGGUCCCUACAAGGAGUACCCCCUGAAGACCUCGUCGACUGGCUACACCGGCGGCUCGCCCGGUGCUGACCGUGUCGUCUACGACAGCAACGACGGCACCUUCUGCGGCGCUAUCACCCACACCGGCGCCUCGGGCAACAACUUCCCAGAGCUGCUUGCUCAGGAUGUGGACUCGAAGUAUCCGCCGUCAUCGGUGGCAGGCAGCGUGAGGGGCCGACAAGGCGAUGUUGCGCUUCUCACGUACGACGAGCUCGACGAAAAGCGUGCAACGAGCUUUGUCGCCGACGACGGAGCUGGAGCGACGGUCCUCUUCAGUGGAACAACGCGCAACUCGUUUCAAGGGAAGACGGUGAGCAAGCUCGAGUACGAAGCAUACUCGUCGCUUGCUUUGCGCACGCUGCGGGAUCUGCUGGAUCAAGCACACACAUCGGCGCCAUUUGCAGACACCCCUGUGGCAAGGUCAGCUAACGCAGCGCCAGAGUCGACACAAGGCGCGAACGAGGACCGCAUCAGCAAGUGCUACAUUGCGCACCGGCUAGGCGAGGUACGGGUGGGCGAGUGCAGCAUCUUGAUCGCGGUCAGCUCGGCGCAUCGCAAAGAAGCCUUUGUGGUUGCAGAGUGGCUGCUGGAAGAGGUCAAGAAGAACGUUGCGGUGUGGAAGUGCGAAUUUUAUGAGUCCGGAGAGACGCUCACCGCCUUGGAUGGUCAAGGUACACCCAUCAAUCCAUCGCUGCCACAACGUGCAGAGACGGGCGAUGAUCAGAGUUGGAGCUGGAAAGCCAACUUUCCAGCCUCGUCGAAAUAG